AUGAAGCCAACCGAAGUAAAGUUCUUUCCCAACCACAUCCUCUUUCGUCCCUUGCGUCUCCGGCGCACCAUGUGGGUGUUUGGUGCGCGUCUGAAGCAACUUCAUGGCCGAGUUUGGCAGCUACUCAGUCCAUUGGGCAUUCCAAGUGUGGAAAGAGCACCUUCAACAGAAGAAAGAGGAACGACGGAAGAGAAGAACGUGUCUCAGAUACUGCCCACGCAGGGACGCCGCUUGAGACGGAUGCCAUGCCUCCUGCUUUUUGGGACCAGCGCGGUGAACCCGAAAGUCCAUCCGUUCUCGGCCCGGCCGGGGCCUCUACUCCCGAAACGGCAGGGAACCCCUGAAAAAACGGGGCAGAGCUCGAUGAAAUGGAAUGACAUGACUCCACCUGAACUGGGUGGUAUGUGA